AACGAACACUUCACAGAACCCUGAACCCUGAAAUCAGUGAAACUGCCCACCCAAAUCUUCCAAGUCUUUACCCUUUGAUUGAACCAAUUGACUAGCCAAAACGGGUCUGCCUUUGUGGAUGCUCGGGUUGGGUGCGGAUCGGUUACGAGCCGAUAUGAAUCGUUUGCUAGCGUUACUCUUCCACCAGGGAGUGUUGGAUGAGCAAUUCUUGCAACUCCAGCAACUUCAAGAUGAGAGCACCCCGAAUUUUGUAUCUGAAGUUGUCAACAUUUACUUUCACGAGUCUGAAAAGCUCUUGAAGAAUCUCAGAUCAAUACUGAUGGAUAAAGAGUUCUCGGACUACAAGAAAAUGGGAAUCCAUUUGAAUCAGAUGAUGGGUAGCAGCUCGAGCAUUGGUGCAAAAAGAGUCAGCAACGUUUGUAUUGCGUUUCGAGCCGCUUCUGAACAGCACAACCGUGCCGGGUGUCUGAGAGCAUUGGAGCUGCUGGAACACGAGUACUGUUACUUAAAGAACAAAUUACACGAGCUGUUUCAGAUAGAGCAACAGAGAAUACUGGCAGCUGGAGUUCGAUAUCCAAUGCAUAUGUAAAACUACAAAGACAAGAAUAAAGCUAUAUGGGUUAUUGGCUUCCACUUUCAGAUUUUUGCAAGCCAUUGGCAUGGCAGCUGGACUGCCUUUAUUAAUAAUAUUAUUGUAGAGUUAUUUUUUUUUUUUUUAAGAAUUUGAACUACUAGGUUGUAAGUUUCAAUGCAAACUCAUCAAUUCUACUGAUUUAAUGGUGGUUAAUUUGGUAGUUCUUUAAUUUAGGCAUCAAA